AUGGUCCUGCAUCUUUUAAAUCAAUUAAAAAUUACAAAUAAUCAUGUUUAUUCAAAUAUAACUCCAACAGAUUUAAAUAAAAGAACUCAAAGAAUCAAACCUAAUAAUGAUUACUCUUUAAAAAGAAUGAUCAAAAAGACAAGAGAAGCUGAAGAAGAACUACUACCGUUGAAAAAGAAAAGACGUUUAAUAAAUAUUAUCAAUCAUAAUCAUAGUAAUUCCAACAACGAUCAUUUGUUUGUCACAUUAAAAUAUGCAACUUCUAGAAAGGAUCUACCAUAUAAAGGUAUUUUAGAAUUCCCUGACUGUACAAUUAAUGAUACUGAUCCAACAAAAGAAGAUCGAAUCAAAUUUGAAAAAUUUAAACUAGAAGGUUCAAACCUACGGAAUCAAAAAGUCAAAGAACAAAAUAGUCUACAUUUAGAGAAUGCAAGCAAAGAAUCAACACCAUCUAAUAUAGCUAUGAAUAAAUCAAAAAUUAAAAAAAUUGUUUUUAGAGAUUUCAAAAUUGAUACAUGGUAUAUUGCACCUUACCCAGAAGAAUAUUCACAAUGUGAGACAUUAUAUAUAUGUGAAUAUUGUUUAAAAUAUAUGAGCUCACCAAUAUCAUAUCAAAGACAUCAAUUGAAAAACUGUAAUUAUUCAAAUCAUCAUCCACCAGGAAUUGAAAUAUACAGAGAUUCAAAAGUCUCAAUAUGGGAAGUUGAUGGUAGGAAAAAUAUCAACUAUUGUCAAAACAUUUGUUUACUAGCUAAAUUAUUUUUAAAUUCCAAAACUUUAUAUUAUGAUGUUGAACCAUUUAUAUUUUAUGUUUUAACAGAAAAAGAUUUACAAAAUCCUUCAAAACAUCAUUUUGUGGGGUAUUUUUCAAAAGAAAAAUUAAACAAUCUGGAUUAUAAUGUAUCAUGUAUAUUGACUUUACCAAUUUACCAAAGAAAAGGUUAUGGGAAUCUAUUAAUUGAUUUUAGUUAUUUAUUAAGUAGAAAUGAAUUCAAAUUUGGAACACCUGAAAAACCAUUAAGUGAUUUAGGAUUGCUAAGCUAUAGAAACUAUUGGAAAAUUGCAAUAGCCUAUACUUUAAAGAAAUUGUAUGAAAAUCAUCAAAAUCGAAGUUUGCAAAUAUCAAUAAAUGUGCUUUGUAAAUUAACUGGUAUGAUACCUGCAAAUGUUAUAAUUGCAUUGGAGCAAUUAGAAGCACUAUAUAAGAACCAGAAUGAUGAAUACGCUAUAGCUAUAAACUUGCCUAAAAUUAAUGAAGUUAUUAACAAGUGGGAAGCAAAAAAUUAUGCACAAUUAAAUUAUUCAAAACUUUUAUGGAAACCAAUGUUAUUUGGACCAAGCGGUGGGAUAAAUUCUGCUCCUGCUAUGGCUUAUCAAACCAAGAUUGGCAAUAUACCUCAAAAUAGUAUUUCAUUAAUUUCAGAUUUUUUGAAAGAUGAUAUAAAUAAUCCAUAUACAUUUGAAGAAGAAGCUCAAAAGGAGAUAGAUAUGUGUUCAUCAGAAGCAGACGGAAAAAUCACUGAGAUAAGUAAUGAUUAUGUUGUAUGUAAGGGCAGUGAUGAUGUGGUUGUAAAAAGACCAAAACUUCACAAACGAAAAUCAAAAGAGACUGAAAUAGAUAUGGAAGCAGUUGCAGAAAUUUUUGCUGAAGAAGAUAAUGUCUCAGAAGAAGAUGAAUCGGAAUUUGAUGAAGAAGUAGAAAAGAUAUUUGAGGACAAUGAAGAGGAUGAUGAUGAAGAAGACGAAGAAGAAGAAGAAAUUAUCGAUGUAAACUCGGAUUCUGAGUCAAGUUCACAAUCAGAUAUAGAAUCUUUUGAGGAAAAUAUUGAUCCAGAGCUUAAUAAACAAACAAGAAUUGUCAAUGGUGAAAGGAAAAUUUCUUUUUUAACAAGGAGAAGGACCCUUAAUGUUUUAGAAGAAAAUAAUAAACCAAGAGGUAGAGGCCGUCCAAAGGGAACUUUUAAAGUCAAAUAG